UGCCCCUCCCCUUUAUGUGUGCCUUGCGUUCUCGGGUAGCGCCAGGGAGCCUUGCAGGGUACAGUCACAGUGAGGAUCCGUUAUAAUGUAAAUAUGACCGAUGUUUCACACAGAAAUCCAAACUGGACUCAGUGAUUUCAGUGUGUGAUCGCCUUUUUUACUUCCAUGGUGGACUCUUCAUCGACGUGUCUGGAUCUCAGCGGCAUCCUCACGCACCGCGCCUCCUCCUCCUCCUCCUCCUCCAGUGUCCUGAGAAGGUGAAGCCUUCAUCUUAACAGCGAGCUGCUAUGAGGAGAAUAACGGGAAAGGCGAAGGAUGAAACUUUGAUCGAGCUGCAGAGCGCGACAGAUUCACAGACAGGAGAUGGUCCUGCCGUCCUUACCGCAUUCAGGAUUAACCUACACUCAGAUGAAAACAGUGGAAAUGGUGUUUCAUUAUCAGAAAGAGUGAUUCUUCCUGGACAUGCAGAAACAGACAGGCUACAGCCAAACAAAGACACAGUGUUCUUCAGGGACGGAGUUCGACGAAUAGACUUUGUGUUGUCUUAUGUCGAUGACAAAGAUGGAGAGAAGAAACAGGAAAGGAGGAAGGAAUUUGAGGCCAACCUUGAGAAAGCAGGACUGGAGCUGGAGAUGGAUGACAAAUCAGACUCCAAAGACCAGAGGACAUACUUCCUGAAGAUUCAUGCUCCAUGGGAUAUACUGGCCACCUAUGCUGAUGUGUUAAAGAUCAAAGUUCCCUUCAAAGAGAGCGAUAUCCCCCAUGGUCAGGAUGUCCCUCUCGAAUGGCUCUCACAUCCUUUCCGCCUGCCAGAGCACAUCAUGCACCCGACCCCGGACUACUUCACCUACCCCUUUGACAAGAACAAGACAGACUUCUUUCUCAUCAGUGACAAGGACACCUUCUUCCCACCUUCGAGAAACAGAAUCGUGUUCUACAUCCUGGCUCGUUGCCCGUACUAUAAAGAGGGCCAGAAAGAGAAAGAAAAAACCGGAAUCAAGCGACUAAUCAGCAAUGGGACGUAUACGGCAGCAUUUCCACUACAUGAUUGUCGAUAUUGGAAAAGAGCCAGAAAUGCCGAGUGUGAGAGCGAGCGCUACAACUUGUACCAGCACUGGGCCAGGUUUCUCUGCUUCUACAAAGAGCAGCCUCUUAACCUUAUCAGGAAGUACUACGGGGAGAAGAUUGGGAUCUACUUCGCCUGGCUUGGCUUCUACACGGAGAUGUUGUUUGUUGCCGCUGUCAUGGGCCUUAUAUGCUUCAUUUAUGGAUUGCUCAGCUACGAUGACAACAUAUCCAGCAAAGAAAUAUGUGACCCAGCUGUUGGAGGCAGUAUUGUGAUGUGUCCACUCUGUGAUAAAAAGUGCCCUUUCUGGAAGCUCAGCUCUACCUGUCUCUCCUCUUGGCAAUCCCAUCUGUUCGAUAAUGAGGGAACUGUAUUCUUCGCCAUAUUCAUGGGGAUUUGGGUAACUCUGUUUUUGGAGUUCUGGAAACGACGUCAGGCCCGGCUGGAGUACGAGUGGGACUUGGUGGACUUUGAGGAGGAGCAACAACAGCUUCAAAUCCGGCCCGAGUUUGAGUUUCGCUGCAACAAGAAGAGACUCAACAAGAUCACACAGGAAAUGGAGCCGUAUCUUCCCAUCACCAGCAAGUGUGCUCGCUUCUGCCUCUCAGCAACCACCGUCUUAUUCUGGAUGUCUCUGAUAGUGGCCUGUAUAAUCGGGGUCAUCGCGUACAGGCUCGCUGUGUAUGCUGCCUUUGCAAGUAUCAUUAAAGACCCCUUGAGGAAGAUCCAGCUGGUGGGAAGAUUCAUCACCCCACAGCUGGCGACUUCUGUCACCGCCUCCUGCAUCAACUUUGUCAUCAUCAUGAUCCUCAACUUCUUCUACGAGAGGGUAGCCGUUUGGAUCACUGAUAUGGAAAUCCCAAAGACUCAUCUGGAAUAUGAGAACAGGCUGACCAUGAAGAUGUUCCUAUUUCAGUUUGUGAACUAUUACUCCUCGUGUUUCUAUGUGGCCUUCUUCAAAGGGAAAUUUGUGGGCUAUCCCGGAGAAUACUCAUACAUGUUUGGCAAACUGAGGAAUGAGGAGUGUGACCCUGGAGGAUGUCUGAUCGAGCUGACUACACAGCUGGUGAUCGUUAUGGCGGGGAAACAACUGUGGGGAAACAUUCAGGAAGCCCUGCUGCCGUUGAUGCGUAACUGGUGGAGCAGCCGAAAGGGGCGGCACAAUCCUGAGAACCACUACAGCCGCUGGGAGCAGGACCACGUUCUUCAGAACUUCGGCCAGCUGGGAUUGUUCUACGAGUACCUUGAGAUGGUGAUCCAGUUCGGUUUCAUCACUCUGUUCGUGGCCUCGUUCCCCCUGGCUCCCCUAUUGGCUCUAUUCAACAACAUCCUUGAGAUCAGGGUGGACGCCUGGAAGUUCACCACCCAGUUCAGACGACCCGUAGCAUCCAAGGCCCGCAACAUUGGAGCGUGGCAGGAAAUCCUCAACGCAGUGGCUAUUUUGUCUGUUGUUACCAAUGCUUUCAUUAUGGCGUUCACCUCCGACAUGAUCCCCCGAAUGGUCUACCUGUACGCUUACGGUGAAGAUGCAAGCAUGAGAGGCUACAUUAACAACAGCCUGUCAAUAUACAACAUCACACAGAUAUCAGAGGACAACAUGCCGGAGGAGAAAGACCACUGGUUUGUGAACUCCACCAGCACCUGCAGAUACCGUGACUACCGUUACCCUCCGGGCCAUGAGAGGGAGUACAAUCACACCAUGCAGUUCUGGCACAUCCUGGCAGCUAAAAUGGCCUUCAUCAUUAUCAUGGAACAUGUGGUCUUCGUGGUGAAGUUCUUCGUGGCGUGGAUGAUCCCUGACAUCCCCUCGGAAGUGAAGGCUCGGAUCAAACGGGAACGCUACCUGAUUCAAGAGUAUCUGCAUAACUACGAGGUGGAGAGGCUGAAAAUCCAGCUGAGUGCCAGUUUCAUCACAGAGCCACAGUCAGAAAUGACCUCCAUGACAGACAAGCAUGAAGUGCUGUCUGAGUGCCUGUAGCCCCCGAUUCACACGAGGACAUUCACAACAAGGGCUCCCGUCUGUGGAAAACGAACGCUUUGAUGUUUUGUUACUGAAUGGACUCCUAUAUUAGGAGCCGUUUAGAAGCAUCAGGUUGAAAGAGAAACUUCUGUGCAAUAGAAAAAGAUUAGAAAAGAUUUUAUGUGCAGCUUGAAACAUUCCCUUCAAACUGUCCGUUGGUCAUGGCUGAAAAUAAAAAUUAACAUGUUACAUACUGAAAGUUCAAGUUUACGAUGUUAAUCAUGUGAACCCAAGUGUUAUUAACCUUUAAAUGAUUUGGUUAAGAUGUCAUAUUUUAUUUUUUGCAUGUGAUUCUUCAAGUGAGAGAAGAAGGAUUCAAAUGUGUCGACAAGAAGUUAUAUGUCAGUCGUAGAAAAUGUUUGAUGAUGAUUGUGGUUAGAGAAACUAACAUAACUUUGAGAAUAGAUGUCCUACAUCACAUUUCAGUAUCAUCGUUUAACUCAUUGUAGAAAACUCUCAGACUUAACAAGUUUUACAAACAUCAAAUAUGAAACACGUUGAAAUAUUGAAACCUUAGGCAGUGCUUAUUUCUCUAAACAUUCCUGUAGAUCUGUAGCUGGGCUAUAAGGUUAUACGUUUUGUUAUUUUUUGUGUACUACGUUUAGGGAAACACUCUUAUAAAACUGUGCAUUUGAGAACCAAGUACCUCCAUCAUACCGCAGUGAGACUGUAACAAUUGGAUGUUUAAUGUUUCUCCAUGAAUUUGAGAUCUCCAACUUGUUUCAUGAUCAAUUAUAGCAGUUUUACUUUAAAAAAAAAAAGAAAGGAACAUGAAGGACAUGUUUGAAAAGCUCUCCAUAGAUAUCCAGCUUUAAUGCAAUUAGUAGUUAUGUGUUAAGCUAAAUGUACACCUCAUUUGGUAUCGUUAACUGCAUAAUGUCUCAGUUCUCAGAUGUCAGGUUAGUGAUGUCUCUGUCUAUUAUAGGCAUAUAAUCAUAACAUUCAAUCCUCGUUCUGUGUUUGGAUAAUGUGAGGAAGGAUUUGAGUGACUUUCUGGCUGGUUUUGUUUUUUCUGUACAUUUACAGAUUAUUGUCUUCUAUUUAAAAGAGUUGUAACACAGUUCAUUUAUUAAUCUGUUUCUGCUCUGUAGCUCAAAACAUGUGUGUAAGUUACUACAUAACCCUCCUUUGAAGAUCUUUCUAAGCAAUGUGCUUAUUCUAUAGCCUGUUACUCAUGAGGAACAUAUUUAGUGUAAGUGUAAGCUCAGACAGUGAACCCUGACUAAAAGUAUGAACUGUGCGAGAACAUUUGAUGCUAGAAAUUACUUUUUCAAGGGAUGUCCACUAUUGCUAUUUUUUAUCUUCUUACGCUUAGUGUGUAUUUAAAUCUUUCUGUGUUUCUAUUGAAACCUAUUUGUAAUUUAAACUGCAAAUGCGGCUGAACUCAUUCGAGCCCUCGGCAGAUUAUAUUUGACUAAACCUGGCUGACGUCAAUCUCAGGAUUAAAACAUCUUCUAAAGUUUGUUGAGCAUCACUGGUAAAUAACGGCUGCGGAUGCUGUGAUGAGUGAAGGGGGAUUCAGAUGGUGAUCCAUCAUGGUGCAUGAUGCUUUCCCAACAAACAAAUACCUUAACUGCCAGGGUUUACUUACUUUUGUAUAAUUUUCUAAACACAAAGUUUCCUAUCUGAACUCUGUACCUGGUUCAUAACAUGUGUUGCUGCUGCUGCUGCUCAUUGCAUUUUAGUGGUUUUGCCUUGUUUUAAUGUGCAUGAGUUGCAGUCGUGUAAAUAUUUUGUUGGUUACAUUUGAAGUGAGCUGUAGCCUAAUGUACAGAAAUGCACUAAAGCUAAUACUCCCAAUAAAUGAAGAAAUAUCUUA